GCCAGAAACCUAGCAUUAGCAAUGGGCAACGCGAAUGCAAAGAAACCCUGGCAGGAACGGACACCGCUGACGGAGCCGGAAUUCUCACCCUUCACCUGCGAAAUAUGCGUCGAACCUAGGCCGGCGGAGAGGAGAUUCGUGAACAAUGCCCAGUGCGUCCACCCAUUCUGUACGGACUGCAUCGCCAGGUACAUCCAGGUCAAGGUCCAAGACGACGGCGCCGCAGACGUCAAGUGUCCCGCCGUGGACUGCGAUCAUAUGCUGGAUGCCAUCCGUUGCCGGCCGAUCAUCGGCCAGAAGCUAUUCAACUCGUGGUGCGACGUGCUCCGCGACAACUUUUUUCUAGGGUUGGACCGGUGCUACUGCCCCAACCGGGAGUGCUCGGCGCUGGUGCUGAACGAAUGCGGUGGCAAUGUGAAGCGAUCGGAGUGUCCGUAUUGCAAGCGGCUCUUCUGUUUCCAGUGCAAGCUUCCCUGGCACGCGGGGUACCGAUGCGAAGAUAGCGGAGAGACGAGGGAUGGGAACGAUAUCGUGUUUGGGGUUCUUGCCGAAAGGAAGAAGUGGACGCGAUGCCCCAAUUGCAAUCACUGUAUUGAGCGCGUUGCAGGUUGCUCCAUUGUCUAUUGCAGAUGCGGGACCAGGUUCUGCUACAAGUGCGGGAGGAAGUUACAUUAUACCAGAUGUGGCUGCGGCUGGAAUGCAGAGAGGUGGCUUUAUCUCCUUACUAUCUGGAUAUUCUUUUUGCUCGUCCUGGAAACCUUUUUUCUUCUAUCUAGAAUCUUAAGAUUUGGUUCUUGAAGAUAACCAAACUUAUUGAUGAUUCCUCGAGCUAAUGUUUAUAGAUAUUCGACAAAUCUUUAAAUGUCUCUCAGCUAUUCUUCCAGAGAUUCGGAGCUCUGGGCUUGAUGUUUAUUUCAGAAAUUCUUAAUGUACAGUUACUUGGACAACGUACCAUUUAUCUAUUGGAAUGAAAGUAAUGCAGCUAGUAGGAUGUAAAUAGAAAUCACAA